GCUCCGCCUCCUCUUCUUUGAAACAAGCCCCUGUCGUUAUUCAGCAGUUUAGACAAAUAUAGUUGAGGUGUAUUCCCAGCCGGACCAUGGAGAAGACACUAAUAGUGAUAUUUAUUCAAAUGUGGACACUGGCGGUGAUGACCGCAGGUCAGCUUCAGUGCGACCCGCAGACUCAGUACCAGCAAAACGGGCAAUGCUGUCAAAAGUGUCCACCAGGCACCAGCAUGUCGUCCUUCAGCGUGUGCACGGAGCCUCUUUGCCUCGACUGCGACGAGGACGAGUAUCAGGACGCGUUCACCACGGAAGCCACGUGUAAACGUCAGCCGUACUGCGACCCGAACAAAAACUUUGAGUUUGUGAAGCAGGCGAGCAAAAGGCAAAAAAGCGUGUGCAUGUGCCAACGCGGGUUCCACUGCUCCAGUGGCGCCUGCCUCACCUGCGUGCCCCACAGGUCUUGUGAGCCCGGAUGGGGGGCGAUAGUUCAAGGGAAUCAAACCCACGACACAGUGUGCCACAAAUGCCCCCAAGGAUCAUUUUCCAACAAGAGCUUAUGGGACGCCGACUGUGUGGUCUGGACCAAGUGCGAGAACGGUUACCACGUCGGGCGGAGCGGGUCGGACAAGUCGGACGUGGUGUGCGAGAAAAGCCGGGGUCCACGUGUCGCCAUCGCCAUCGUGGUUUUUCCUGUGGUCUUUGUUGCCUUCAUAGCUGCAAUCGUGGUCUGUCUCUCAAGAGGUCAAAAAGAAAAGAAAAAGGUGGACAUCAGUGAGGUGCGAGUGCAAAACCCGCUCAUAGAAAACAAAUCUGAGAAUGAGGCGCCAGGCGUGGAAGUGGUCCCACCAGGACGCCCGUUGGUGGUGACGCAGCCCUCGUCGGAGGACGCCACCACGGGCGUUCCCGAGGAGAACAAGGACGAUCCGAGCGAUCGACUCCUCACGGUAAACGGCAACUACGUGAUGCAGGAGAACGGGAAAGCCGAAGUCCUUUCCUGCCAGGAGUCCCAAAACGGGACUUUGAUGAGGGAAAUGUUUUUGUCGCCAUGACGACCACGUCAUUUAUGACCGUGACGCCGAUAAUUGAAGGCAAUUUUUGUCAUCUGAGUUAAGUUAAAGUACCCAUGAUUGUCACACACACACGAGGUGUGGCAAAUUCACCCUUGGUCACCCCCUCCCUGGGAGGUGAGGGGAGCAGUGAGCAGCAGCGGUGGCCGCGCCCGGGAAUGGUUUUUGGUGAUUUAACCCCCAAUUCCAACCCUUGAUGCUGAGUGUCAAGCAGGGAGGUAACGGGUCCCAUUUUUAUAGUCUUUGGUUGAUGUGAGAAAGUGAUGGCUAAUGCUAAUGCUAAAGCUAACUUGCUUGGUUUACUCGUCCUCACCAACAAGGUACAUGUACACUAUUCUAUUCUACUUGUAAAAAGUCAGUUUUGUUUGCUAAAAUACUUGACUAGGUGUUAUGUAUUGAAACUGUUUUGAUUAGAACAUGUUUGGCUUGAAGGAAAAUGUACACACUUAGAAGGUUAUUAUAUACAGUCGUGGUCAAAAGUUUACAUACACUUCCAGUUUCCAGUCAUUUCUACACCUCUUAUUUUGUUGUGACGGAGUGAUUGGAGCACAUACUUGUUGGUCACAAAAAAAACAUUAAUGAAGUUUGGUUCUUUUAUGAACUUUUUAUGGGUCGACUGAAAAUGUGCUGGGUCAAAAGUAUACAUACAGCAAUGUUAAUAUUUGCUUACAUGUCCCUUGGCAAGUUUCACUGCAAAAAGGCGCUUUUGGUAGCAAUCCAUAAGCUUCUGCUUGAAUUUUGGACCACUGUUGUGCAGUUCAGCUAAAUGUGUUGGUUUUCUGACAUGGACUUGUUUCUUCAGCAUUGUCCAGACAUUUAAGUCAGGACUUUGUGAAGGCCAUUCUAAAACCUUCAUUCUAGCCUGAUGUGGACGACUUUCCCUGUCGUCCUCGGGUUCCACUGACCACCCAGGAAGGACAUCUCACUUGAGCAGGUUGGACUCUUUUAUUUCUCAAUAAAGGCAGUCUUUUACGCUGUCGUCGCUCCCACUGCUCGCUCCUCCGUGUCUCGCUCUCCAGUCCGCUCUUUAGUCUCUCGUGUCUUGCUCUCUCUUGUUUUUUGGUCGCUGUUGCCGUCCCUCCAACUCCUCCUUUGAUCCGUCCUCCUUCUCCCCUUUUAUACAUCAUAAGGAGAAAUGUUGAUUGUUUGCCGGUGCCUGAUCCACGCACCUGAAUUAGAUUGGGGCGGCGUCGCUCCCGGCCCGCUCCGCCGUAUUCUCCGCCUCCUUGCCGCCAUCUUGGGCAGGGCUCCAGCGUGCCCCGCCCCGCCGUUGGCCCGUCGUCUCCACCUCUCCACACCUGAUUUAGCCAUUCCUUUACCACUUUUGAAGUGUGUUUGGGGUCAUUGUCCUGUUGGAACACCCAACUGCGCCCAAAACCCAACCUCCGGGCUUGUCCUAAAGAAUUUGGAGGAAAUCCUCCUUUUUCAUUGUUCCAUUUACUCUCUGUAAAGCACCAGUUCAUUUGGCAGCAAAACAAGCCCAGAGCAUAAUGCUUGAUGGUAGGCAUGGUGUUCCUGGGAUUAAAGGCCUCACCUUUUCUCCUUCAAACAUAUUGCUGGGUAUUGUGGCUCAAUUUUUGUUUUAUCUGACAUCACAAGGACAAAGAUAAGACCUUCUGGAGGAAAGUUAUGUGGUCCAACUUAAACGUGUGGACAAUGCUGAGGAAACAAGUCCAUGU